AUGCAAAGCUCCAGUCUGAAGUCUUUGUCAGGUCAUAAUUGAGUCAUCGGCUCUCGGUCGACCAGAAGACGGCCCCAUCAGGACAGGUUUACACUAAUCUCCUCAAAGUAGUUUCUGACUCGAUGGGACAAGACCUUUCAGGCCCUAUGAUCUAUCUGUUGAGGCGGGGUAUAAAGGCCUUGCCUCCCGCCUGGAGAAUGAGGCACACUCAACGGUGCACCAUGACGAGAGGAAGCCUUAACGCGAGUUCCCUCAACCGGACAUCUUCUUUCUCAUCACCAUCAUACUUUCCCUUUUAUGGUGGAGCAACGGACAUCUCAUGGUUGCCAAACAAGGUUCUAUCAAAGACAAAGAAGGCGUGCUGCUUCCGUGUUGAAGUUAUCCUUUCCGUGGGUCCUUCCCGGGAAGCAGCCGCACAACAAGCCAUGCACAUCCAGCAACCAGGCGGAGGCGCAAGGAACCAUCCUGCGGCGAUGCUGACUUGGGCGCAUCUUGGAGACACAAAUUCACUUCACCCAGUUUACUACCAGCAACUAAGUGGUUAUAAUCAAGGUCUGUAUAACGGUAAGAGUUCAAUUUAUGUCGUCAAUGUUUCCGACUUUUAUUGUUUUGGCCCAAGUGAUAUUAGCCUACAUCAGGGUUCUUCAAUUCCGGUCCUGGAGGGCCGAAACACUCCUGUUUUUUAUUUCUACCUGGUAGUUAAUUGCACUCACCUGGUGUCCCAGGUCUGAAUUAGCCCCUGAUUAGAAGGAGAGGGUGAAAAACAGAGGUGUUUCAGCCCUCCAGGACCGGAAUUGAAGAACCCUGGCCUACAUUAUAGGUCUCGCGUUGAAUUGUCUUGUAAAACUGAUGAUCUGACUCCUCUUAAUUCCAAAUGGAAUAUGGAAUAGGUGUCAUUGUGUAAUGAAUAUUGUUUGGAAAUUAAUAUUUGUUUUCUCUGCAGGGCAACCGGGCUGUCUAUCCAGGGGAACCUUCGUGCAGAGAUCCGGCAGGAGAAUCCGCACCAUCUACACCGACGACCAUCUGACUAAACUAGAAGAGGUGUUCAGUAAGCAGCGGUACAUGACCGGGACGGAGAAGAUGCUUCUGGCCUCAGCGCUGAGACUGACCGAGACACAGGUCAAAGUCUGGUUCCAGAACAGGAGAACGCGGUGGAGGAAGGCCCACGGUGACAUGGCGGAUGUACCGGAGAAGCACGCGCACAAUGAAACAUCGAGCAGGGAGGAGGAUGAGUUGAUUUCCGUGGACAAUGACGAGUCAUGGGUGUAUUUUUGA